UGACUGGUUAAGAUCACAACAACAAAGUUCUCGUAAACAUCGCAUAAAAGUUACUAUAAUAGGUAUCAUAAUUUUGGCCGCAGUUAUCGGAGGUGUCGCGUACUUUAUAAAAAACAGUAACAAUAAUUAUUUAAUUAAUAGUAAAAAAUUUCCUAAUGCGAAAUAUUUCACUUGGGACAAAAGGCCUGUCAAUUUAACAAUCAUUCCGAAUACUGCCUAUAAAAAAGUUUUUUAUGGAAUGAAUUAUGGUCCUGUAAAUGCUAGUUAUCCAUGGUGUUCAAAUACUUUAGGUGAUGUUAUCGAAGAUGUGAAAUUGAUUUCUCAAUUAACUAAUAGAAUCAGACUUUAUGGUAUGGAUUGUAAUAUGGCUGAUUACACUAUGGAAGCAAUAGUUAAAUUAAAAUUAAAUAUGACUAUUGUUCCAACUAUUUGGGUUGAUGAUAAUGAUACUACUUAUCAAAGACAAUCUGAUAUUUUAUUUAAUUUGAUCAAAAAAUAUGGUGAAGAUAGGAUCGAUGGUAUUUCUGUCGGUAAUGAAG